GAAUACCCAAGAGCACUGCAAAAUGAAUCUCAAUCUCAAUCCCUAAAAAAUAAGCUGAUAUUCGAUAAUACCAAAUAAUGAUAAAUUCAAUACGAUAUUCGAUAUAUUCCAAAUAACGGCACCAAACUUUCAGCCCCACUAACAAUACUUUGUGUCAUCAUCCUAACUUUUCCUGCAACCGGUCCCAGAGACAACAAAUACAUCCUUGCAUGCCAUAUGACUUCUCUCUAUUCUCUAAUAGAAUUAUCCAUAACAUUUUCAUAAUUAACAUGAAUUUUGAGAUCAUCUCUUCAGAAUAUCAAAAUCAUCACUGCCCAAACACAAGAGUUGCCAAUGGUAAGACAGGCUAGCAAUGCUGCCGUGGGGUAGGUCGUCCUGGGAUGUAUGAGACCUUGAAUUUGAUGCGACUCGAAGCCCCAUAUAGUGUUCCCGAGACAUUUGGCUACUCGGGGCGAGCCCCAUUGGCACAUAAAAUUGCAACAAGUGACCCCCAAGUUCGAUCUGAUUCCCACAUCACAAAAUGUGGUGUGUGCGUAGGAUUUUCUAGAUAAUAAAAAAAAACAAGAGUUACAAAAUUAUAAAACAAAAAAAAUAAAACAAAAGUUAUAAAUAAAAAAAAUGGCAAAAACAAUAGGCAGCAGUAUUUGGAAAUUAGCUAGUAAUUAAUUAAUUUUGCGCCCGCAUAUUUCCAUUUGGCUAAAGCUGACACCUCCGCCGCCCGAUCUAGCGCUUCCCAUUCUACCGCUCCUUAUGUUUGGUCCGACUUUUAGAAGUGUUUUUUGGGUUCAAAAGUUGAGGCAGAGCCAAACACCUGUAAAAGCUCGGUUUUUGAAAAGCCGAAAAGCGUUUUUAUAAAAUAAAAGCAGAAGCUCCGAUUUGGAGUUUCUGCGAAAAGGUGUUUUGAAAAUACAAGAUUAUCCUUACCAUAUUUUAAUUUUAUUUCAGAAAAUAUAAUUUCCUUCAUUUAUAUCAUUUUAAAAAUUAAACAAAUUAUAAAAUCAUAUUAUUUAAUAUAAAAGAAAUCUAACAAGAUCCAUUUUGACUACUUUUUAUUGUUUAAAAUUUUUAUUCAUAUUCUAUAUUAUAAGUCCUUUAUAGUCAUUUUACACAACCUCUUAUAUUAAAAAACACUUCUAAUAGUUUUACAGCCAAACGCUCAACUGCUUUUUUUUUAAAAGUACAUAUCUAAAAGUUCCAGCCAGAAAUUAUUGCUGCAAAAGCUACAACAGAGCCAAACUAAACUACUAUUCACCUCCAUUCCGUCGGAAAGUCAACCACUUGAACGGUCGUGAUUUCCCCGCUUAGAUAUUUACAUCACCACAGAUCUUCCCAUCCUUUUCUAUUUGUCUCAAAAACUAAUCAAUGGUGGUGAGCAGCAGAGCAAGGAAGGAAUGAGCAGGGUCACGAGUCCCACGCGCUCCCCUCCCUCCCCAAUCCCAUCACCUUCUGUCUGCCCUUUCCUUUUUUUUUUUUGCCCCCCGGUUAGGUUCAGCGUACCGAAAGCAACUCGCUACCCGCAACAACUGCAGCAAUCUCACGAUCAAACCACACGAGUUUCUCACCCCCUCAAUUACUCAACUCAAAACGAGAUAAUUAUAUCAAAUUUAUCAAAUUUGCUCCCAAAAUAAAAACUAAAUUCGUGGACCCCACGGAUUUAGCAUCCUUCAACAAACAAUGGACUUAUGUUAAAUCCAUCAAACUUGGGAUUUGAAUACCAAAUCCAUGACCCAAAUUCAACAAGCAAACGAACUCUUAAUCCGGACUAUGACGGACGGGAUUAAUAAUAAUUUAUUUAUUUUACUUUAUUGGAAAAUGCUGUCACAAAAGCGCGCAUACCGCAUACGCGAAGAAAUGUGGUGGUGGUGGGGUCCAUGUCAUCUCCUUCCUCAUAUCGCGUGACGUGGCAAUUAUUAAUCUCACGAAAUGGACGGCCGCUGCAAGAUAAGGACCGGAGAGGCGACGGCCAGAGAGAGAAAAGAAAGAACGGAAGAAAGAAGCGAGCUGUAACGUAAACUCAACCAACAGCAACAAACGAACUUCAUUACACAGGCUGAGAGAGAGCAUUUCCGAUUUGAUCUCUCCGUGUUUAUGCUAUAGCUCACAGUUCCUUCUUCUUCUUCUUGCUCUUCAAUCUUCGCUCUGGUUUCCAUCUGGUGCGGAUUCGGAUUCGGAUUCGGUUUCGUCGGUCUGCGGCUUUCCAUUUCCCCAGAUCGAAUCGCGGGAGAGCAUGAUACGCCAUCUUCGCAGCCCGUCUUUCUGAAUCCCGAGAUGAGAGGCGCUACGACCACCACCACCACCAUCGACACCGUCAACGCCGCCGCCACCGCCAUCGUCUCCGCGGAGUCCCGCGUCCAGCCGCCAUCCGUUCCGAAAAGAAGAUGGAAAGGCUGUUGGAGUAUGUAUUGGUGCUUUGGUUCCCAGAAAGUUAACAAGCGCAUCGGUCAUGCGGUCCUUGUACCCGAGCCAGAAGCAUCAAGAGUAGCACAACCUUCUUCCACCGAGACUCAAAUUCAAACUCACUCAACCACAGUUGUCCAUCCCUUUAUAGCUCCUCCUUCCUCCCCUGCUUCAUUCCUUCAAUCCGAGCCUCCUUCCGUCACUCAGUCACCAGGAGGGCUAUUGUCUUUGAAAUCCCUUCCUGCCGAUGCCUAUUCCCCUCGUGGACCUCCGUCCAUGUUUGCUAUAGGCCCUUAUGCACAUGAGACUCAGCUCGUCACUCCACCUGUGUUCUCUGCCUUCACCACUGAACCAUCCACUGCUCCUUUCACCCCACCACCUGAAUCAGUUCAAUUCACCACGCCUUCUUCACCCGAGGUGCCAUUUGCCCAGCUUCUGACAUCUUCUCUUGAACGCGCUCGAAGAAACAGCGGGGGAACCACUUCAAAGUUUGGAUUCUACAACUAUGAAUUCCCUCAAGUAUACUCCGGAAGCCCCAGUGGUCAACUCAUCUCGCCAGGGUCAGUGAUCUCGAACUCGGGGACUUGUUCUCCUUUCCCUGAUAGGCACCCGGUUCAUGAGUUCCGUACUGGGGAUGCUACUAAGCUCAUUGGGUUCGAGCAUUUCAAUACUCGCAAAUGGGGUUCAAGAUUGGGUUCCGGAACUGUGACCCCUGAUGGGGUGGGUCGUGGUUCGAGGUUUGCUUCAGGAACUGCAACUCCAGAUGGGGUGGGUUUGGGUUCAAGGCUGGGAUCAGGAACUGUGACUCCAGAUGGCGUGGGUUUGGGUUCCAGGCUAGGGUCAGGAACCAACACUCCAGAUGGGAUGUGGGUAGUGGGUCCAACUCUUGGUUCAGGAACUGCUACUCCGGAUGGCGUUGGGUUGGGUUCGAGGCUAGGGUCUGGAACAGCGACUCCGGAUGGGAUGUGGGUAGUAGGUGGUUCGAGACUUGAUUCGGGAACUGCUACUCCAGACGGUGGUGGUCUGUAUUCAACACUGGGCUCAGGACCUCUUCCACCAAUUUCUGUGGUUCCUGAGAACAUGGUUACAGAAGUCGCACAUCUUCCCCUCUUGGGAAAUGGUGCUAGAACCAACGAGACCAUAGUCGAUCACCGAGUCUCAUUUGAGCUGAGUGGCGAAGACGUUGCACGCUGCCUGCAAAGCAAGUCGAUGGCAUCAAACAGAACUUUCCUAGACCAUUCCGAGGAAAGCCACUUCGACAGUGGUGAAGUCUCUUUGAGAGUUGGGGAAACCUUCAACGAGACACCUGGCAAAUCGUCGGCGGGAGCAGAAGAGGAGCCCAGCUACAGAAGGCAGCGUUCGGUCACUCUCGGACCGAUCAAAGAGUUCAACUUUGAUAGCUCGAAGGGUGAUGAAGCCCUCGAUAACAAGCCCGCUGUCAGCUCGGAGUGGUGGGCCAACGAGACAAUCGCUGGGAAGGACUCCAAACCUGCCGCCGAUGGCUGGACAUUCUUCCCGAUCCUACAGCCAGAGGUCAGUUAACAGUUCCCAAUUCUGCUGCCCCUAUACAUGAAUGAAGAGCUAUAUUUCAGCUGUACUUUUGACUACAACCUGUCAGAUGCAAGUCUGAAAGGCAAACCGUGUCAAUUCAGAUAUACAUGCUUUGCACAGAUCAAAAUACUUGCAAAUGCCUUCAAGGAACCUGUUUUGUAGGGUACGAUUAUUAAUUAAAAGCGUGGGAGGUAAUAGAGCAAAUUCAUUUCAUUUUUUCUUCUGUCUCUCUCUCUCCCCAAUCUCAUUUUUAGAACUAUGUAUACAGAUUUAGAACUUCGGUACAGAGACCAGAGUAUAUUAUUGAUCAUUCUGGAUAAGUAUCCAUUUAUUAUGUGUAAUAAUCAAAAUGAAUGGUUUUUCGGCUUCCCUGGUCUACCGCGUCGCAUGGAAGCUGUGCUCUCUCAGUUUAAGAGUCAUCCUUCCUGUAUUUGAAUCCUUUUUCCUGAAGAACCGACAGGCGUGAAAUCCAUCUUCAUGGGCCUCGGAACCGUGGGCUGGUAUCACUUUAAGCCAGCAAGGGGUGGGGGAAAGUCGAGGCCCGAUCACGAUGCAGUGUGGGUAGGACUGUUAACGAGACAAGCCGAAUUGAGUUUUGUCUUGUUCAUGUUCGACUCGUUUAUAAACAAGCCGAGUCGAGUCGAGUCGAACACGAGCCAGCUCAUUUAUUAAAUCUUGACAUAUCAUUAAGAUCGAAAAUUCGGCUCGAGCUCAACUCUAAAAUAAUUUAUAAUAUAAAUACCCUAAUAUUUAUAUGUCAUAUGUGAUGGCUAAAUUACACGUUUGGUCACUCAAAUUACAUAAAUUUUUCUCGCUUGCCACCCAAAUUAAUUUUAUUUCUUGUUCGCCACUAACUUUACGAAUUCUUUCACUGUUAGUCAUCGGCCGUAAGUUUCUGUUAGACCCCGUUAAAUCCAUAAGUUUUUUUGAUGACGUGGCAAACAGUUUUGUUAACUUUAUGAGGGAGGCGCGAGAUUAGAUCGGGGUAAGGGUUUCGGAAAUGGGAAUUCGGCAUCUCUUCACGGAUGAAAACGACGGCCAAUGCGCUCUGGUAGACGUUACCGGAUCCGUGGAAUCCAAAGACGGUAGCAUAAUAUGAGUUUGUGCCCAUUCUUGGAGCGACAGCGAGGGAGGGGAUCCGCCGAACUUGUGGAAUGAUGGUGGCGGUGGUGGUUUCGGGGGUGUUUACGAAGAGGAUGGGUUGGGGUGUUUAUUUUUUAUUUUUUUAAUUCACAUGUCAUUGAGUUAACGGAGUCUGACGAUCGGUGACUAAUAGUGAAACGAUUCGUAAAAUUAGUGGCGAAUAAGAAAGAAAAGUCAUUUGGGUGGCAAACAUGAAAAAUUUAUGUAAUUUAAGUGACCAAACAUAUAAUUUAGCCCAUAUGUGAUACAUGUGAUCACCCAAUGUUAUGUCAUAUAUGAGACACAUGAGACGUAUUUGUUUACAUAUACUCAAUGUAUUAAACACUAUAUGAGGUGAUAUAUACAAUUUAAUAAUUAUAUGCAUCAUUAACAAACUAACUCAUAAAAUAUAAAUUGAUUUUCUCAUAAGCUGUAGUCGAGUUGGCUCUCUAGUCACAAUGUUGGGACAUCUCGUAAGCUCAAAACGAGACAGUUCAUGAGUUGUACUCAAUGAGCCACCUAAUCGAGCUAGUUCACGAGCUCCAAGAGUCGAACAAGGUAGAGCUCAAGCUCGGCUCGUUUAUUAACAAGCCGACCCCUUUUUUUCAAUCGAACGAGCUUUUAUCAAGUUUAAUACCGAGCCACUUACGAAUAGUUCGACUCAUUAACAGCCCUAAGUGUUUGGUACAGACGAUGGACGAUUCCUAUGGAUCCCCAAACCUGCUUCAAACCAACUUUGUCUUCUGGCAAUGCUGAACCGAUCAGAGUCGGAACUUAUUUAAAUAAAUAAAUCAGUAUCAU